AUGCAUCUUCUCGAUUUUCUGUACCCCGCCCUGCUGACCGUGUCGGCGGUUGCGCCCACGGUCGAGGCCACACGCAAACCCAACCUCCAAAGCGUGAGGUUGACAGAUAUCAAAUCCCUCACACUGCGUAAGGAUCGCAUGACUGCGCAUCGACGCGUUGCUGCUAUUCCUCAGUUGAACUGCAUCGGUGGCGACGCACAAGGCCUAUACGACAUUGACAUACUGCGGUGCAUCAACGCCGGCACAUCCUACGACAACGACGACGUCGAAUGGACAUGCACCGCUUCUCUACCCGAUGAAUUCAAGCUCGGCUCCACCGACGUGAUUUGCGAAGGAUACCAUUCUCCGGACGACCCGUUCAUUCUCAAGGGCAGCUGCGGUGUCGAAUACCGUCUCCUUCUCACCGACAAGGGUGAGGAAAAAUACGGACAUGGCCGUGGUGACAACGACGGUCGUCACGGCAGGCGAGACAAGGGAUCGAAAUGGCCCGCGAUUGGUUUCUGGGCAAUUUUCCUCACCGUGUUCGGAUGGAUCGUAUAUAACGCAUAUAUCCGCAGACCCAGCGGCCCACAAGGCGGCGCAGCACCUGGUGGCGGACCUGGAUAUCCAUGGGGCGGUGGUGGUGGCGGCGGCGGCGGCGGGCCCGGAGACGACAAUGACGAUCCCCCUCCGCCAUACGAUUACCCUGGAGGCGGGCCCCGGAAGGCAGGCCAGGCUCCCAAUUCAGCUUCCGCUCCCCGCGGAGCGGGACCAGGAUCCCAACAGGGAGGAUGGCAAGGCUGGAGACCAGGCUUCUGGACAGGCGCUCUCGGCGGCGCCGCGGCGGGAUACUUUGCAGGCAACCGCGGCCGGAAUAACGGUAAUGGCAGCACAUAUGGAUUCCACCGCUACGGAACCGGCGGAAACGCAUGGCACGGCACCACCACGUGGUGGAAUAACGGCCGCCAUGAUGAUCCUUGGGAAGGAAGUGCCGGACCACCCGGUGGCCGCUCCGGGUUCGGGUCCGGGUCGGGAUCUGGUCCUUCGUCGUUUUCGUCGACGAGGCACGAGAGUACGGGAUUCGGAUCGACUAGUCGGCGUUGA